GGCCGUGGGCGUGCAUCUUUCGUUUUGUGGAAGAGGUGAUAUACCAGCGCCAUGCCUGAACCCGCGAAGUCCGCUCCGGCCCCGAAGAAGGGCUCCAAGAAGGCGGUGACCAAGGCGCAGAAGAAGGACGGCAAGAAGCGCAAACGCAGCCGCAAGGAGAGCUACUCGGUGUACGUGUACAAGGUGCUGAAGCAGGUGCACCCCGACACCGGCAUCUCGUCCAAGGCCAUGGGCAUCAUGAACUCGUUCGUCAACGACAUCUUCGAGCGCAUCGCGGGCGAGGCGUCCCGCCUGGCGCACUACAACAAGCGCUCGACCAUCACGUCCAGGGAGAUCCAGACGGCCGUGCGCCUGCUGCUGCCCGGGGAGCUCGCCAAGCACGCCGUGUCCGAGGGCACCAAGGCCGUCACCAAGUACACCAGCUCCAAGUAAACUUGUUACCUUUGGCACCACUAACGUCAUCAGGCUCUUUUAA